GGACUUUCUGCCCAUCUGUUAACGUUGGAAGCUUGCCCAUCAUGGCCGCUCAGGACGGACAGUUGCGCAAUCUCGGUGCAGAUGAAUUAUUCAACGAGCGAGUUCGUUUCUUUCGAGAAUUCUUGGACGAAGAUUAUGGUGAGAAUGAGUAUAAGGAAAGGAUACGGAAGAUGAUAGCGGCCAAAGAGCGUCGCCUCAUUGUCAAUAUCAACAGUUUGCGUCAGUACAACCGGGACUAUGCUGAAGGGCUUCUGCGGGCUCCUAUGGACUAUCUUCCACCCUUUGAUAAAGCGUUACAGGAUAUUGUAUCAUCCCUCCAAAACCCGGCAAAAGAUAACCUGGAUGAUGAAUGCUUUUACAUCGGCCUUGAGGGAUCGUUUGGAGAAUAUCAGGUCAAUCCGCGGAACGUAAGCUCCACGCACCUUGGAAAGAUGGUUUCCAUUGAAGGCAUCAUUACUCGGUGUUCCCUUGUGCGACCAAAGGUUGCCCGCAGUGUUCACUAUUGUGAAAAGACUCAACUAUUUCAUAUGCGCGAAUACCGGGAUGGAACCAGUUUGGGAAAUGCAAUCCCAACGGGUUCUGUGUACCCAAAAGAGGACGACUCAGGAAAUCCCCUCACUACUGAAUUUGGGUAUUCCGCAUAUCGGGAUUACCAGACCGUUAGUUUGCAAGAGAUGCCGGAACGAGCACCUGCUGGACAGUUGCCGCGACCACUUGAUGUUAUCCUCGAUGACGACCUUGCCGAUCGUGUGAAACCGGGAGAUAGAGUACAAAUUGUUGGAGUAUAUCGGUCUUUGGGAAAGCACGCUGCUAGUGUAUCGGCUAUCUUCAGAACCGUCAUUCUGGCAAACAACAUUCGUCAGCUUGCGAAGGAAAUUCAGCAGCCGACGAUAUCCGAUGUGGAUAUCCAGGAGAUCAAAAAGAUCAGUCGCCGAGAGAACGUGUUCGAUUUAUUGGCGACAUCACUUGCGCCUUCUAUCUACGGUCAUGAUUACAUCAAGAAGGCGAUCCUUCUGCAGCUCCUUGGGGGUAUCGAGAAGAAUCUAGCCAAUGGAACUCAUCUUAGAGGAGAUAUCAAUAUGCUGCUCAUUGGUGAUCCGUCCACUGCCAAAUCCCAAAUGCUGCGAUUUGUGCUGAAUAUCGCCCCACUGGCGAUUGCCACUACUGGUCGUGGAUCGUCCGGUGUGGGUCUGACCGCGGCAGUAACACAAGACAAGGAAACUGGGGAACGAACACUCGAGGCUGGUGCAAUGGUUUUAGCCGAUCGGGGAAUUGUCUGUAUUGACGAAUUUGAUAAAAUGAAUGACAUCGAUCGCGUUGCUAUUCACGAAGUCAUGGAACAGCAAACAGUAACCAUUGCGAAAGCUGGCAUACAUACGUCCCUAAAUGCACGGUGUAGCGUUCUUGCCGCCGCUAAUCCUGCCUAUGGACAUUAUCUGGUCGAAAAGCCACCCCAUGAGAACAUCCUGCUGCCAGAUUCUUUGCUGUCUCGUUUCGAUUUGGUUUUCGUCGUAUUGGAUACCACCGACGAUGAGCUAAAUCGUAUGAUAUCCGAACAUGUUGGACGUGUCCAUCGUUAUAUUCCACCAGGCCUUGAAGAAGGUGUUCCGGUAAAUGAUAUAACGUUGCAAGGAUCUGCUGGCGCAUUUGGCCUUCCUGGGGAGGAGGAUGAGCGUCAGAAAACAGAAGUCUUCCAAAAAUACAACAAGCUGCUGCACGUUGGCAUACAGGGCGCUUCUGAAAAUGGACGAAGCAGACGGCGGAAGGGUGCUGAUAAAGUCGAGCUGUUGUCUAUUGGCUUUUUGAAGAAAUAUCUUCAUUAUUCCAAAUCGCGUAUCAAGCCUGUGCUAUCACAAGAAGCAGCAGACUUUAUUGCCCAUGAGUAUGCGGAGCUGAGAGCGGCAAAGGAGGGUGAGGGUGAUAAAUAUCGAACUAUGCCAAUCACAGCUCGUACAUUGGAAACACUGAUCCGUCUCUCCACUGCACACGCGAAGGCAAGGUUGAGCCAACGAGUGGAGAAGGUGGAUGCCGAAUUGGCUGUGGAAGUUCUUAAGUUUGCAUUGUACAAAGAAGUGAAAUCGAAAAAGCGAAGCAAAAAGCCACGAACUGUACGGGAGAAGGAAGCAUCAGAUCCCAGCGACGACAGCGACAGCGAUGCUAGUGAUGGAGAGUACAAAAGUGGCAAUGUAACUCCACGAAAGACGGCGCGAAGUGCCAAGAAGGCAGUGGAAGCAACUACAGCAAAAAUGUCGGAUCUCAAUUUGACCGGCGGCGAAACAUCUGAAAACGCUCAUGACCCCGAGCGCCAAUCUGGCCGGUCAGCACGAUCUUCUCGAAAGAGCAUACCUGCUUCCUCUCAAGGAGCAAUUUCUGACCUGCUGGAGAUGGAUGACGGUCAACCUUCUGCAAUGGUGUUAGAUGACGAGAGCAUUGGAGCGAGUGGUAGCUCUGCAUCGCCAUUAGACCCCGAAAGAUUUGAUCAAUUCCGACAAGGUUUACACGCAAUACGCCAAGCAAUGGAAGUGAGCGGAGGUGACGGAACCGUUAUGGUGCAUGACAUUGUGGAGCGCCUCAAUGCGCGCCUGCCGGGUUCGCAACAGUUCGAAGUGGUGGAGGUGCAGGAAGCCCUGCGAACCAUGUCCCAGCAGAACACAGUUUGGUAUCAGGAGGAGCAAGAAACGGUUGUGUUUAUCUAGUCUUUCUUUGUAUAGAUUUUAGACAGGGUAUAGUCUGUCUUGUUCGUUUUAUCCUUUAUAAUUAACGGUGGACCUCACUCAUCAUUUGCG